AUGCUGUCCCAAAAAAUUCGCCCAUUCGUGGUCGUGAAGGCGUUUGCAAAGAAUGAUGGCGUCAUUCCCAUCUUUCUCAAUGAAGUGGAGAACGAAAUUCGUUUCCAAUUUUGGCUCAAUUAUCACCUUGAAUUCAAUAAACGGUAUCCUGAAGAUGCACUGUCGCUGGUUGAUAUGCUUACCAAGGCUGUCGGCCCCGCAAGAGUGGCAGCUAUAUUGCUUACUGCACGAAUGUCUACACACAAAACCCGGUUCAUGUUUAUGCCCUGA